AUGAGGUUUGGGAAAAAGGGAAGGUUGAGCCCUAGGUACAUAGGACUGCUUCAAGUUUUGGGACGCAUUGGGAAGGCAGCUUCUCGAUUAGCCCUUCUGCCCACAUUCUCUAGAGUUCACGAUGUGUUCCAUGUGUCAACCUUAAGGAAGUAUGUGAACGACCCCACUCAUGUGCUAAGUUACAAUGAACUUAGCAUAUAUCCUCAUCUGAGUUAUGAGGAAAAACCAGUCGCAAUUCUGGAUCGAAAAGACAAGGCGUUUGGAAACAAAACAAUACCUAUGGUAAAGGUGCAGUGGUGUAACCAUGACAUUCAAGAGGUGACUUGGAAGGUGGAAGCAGAGAUGCGGGAGCGGUAUUUUCCUUAUAUGCGCAGUAGAAGGGAAGUUGACAGUCCAAUUCUAAUUAAUCUUGAGAUUGAGAAAGAGUGCAAGCGAAACAGAAAAAUAAGAGGGCUGAAAGUUCCAUUGUUGUUACAGUAG